AUGGCUAUCCAUCCGAGACUACGACCCCAAGCGUCACAGGGAAACCUGUCACCACAGCAAACUAUGGCUAUCUCCUCGUGGACCGAACAGGCCUCCGCGUCCCUUGAGAACCUGUCCCUCUCCGAGUCCCGCCCCGCCACUGGAGCUGCGGAAACGACACCGACACGGUCAGGGCUGCGGGGAGCAACUGUAUCCCUUUCGAUUCCCCUCGACGACGAAGCUCCGCCUUCCCCUUCCCCGCAGGCCAAGGUGAUCAACCCUAUUGCGGAGACACGCUCGAUCCCGACUGUCAGUUUCCGGCGCCGAGAGUCGGAGCGCAAGGAUAGCAUGAAACGGCGCGAGGCCUUGCUAAAGGGUAAAGAUGGCAGUCGCCGACGACAGCGUUGGGAGAAUGAUCGCUUGUUGCACAACCCGUGGGCCGAGCCCCCAGCUCCACAGGACUGGGUCAUUGAGCCAACCUACACACGCCACGAUCCAAUGCCCUACUACCUGGCGCCGCUCUGGGAGGUCCACUAUGCUAGAAUGGCAGACCAUCAAUCGGCCCGCAAGCAUGCGGCCAAGACCGCCAGCCUGAAGCACCGCGUUCCCAAAGACCUCCGGUCGAAACUGAAGCACGCGCGCGCUGCUCGUGGUAUGCUUCAAGAUCUGGAAGAUGACAUUCGACUUUUUAUCCGGAAGUGGAACGAGAAGCAGCAGUAUCUCCAGAGCGAGGGUCUUGAGGAUGCACCCGAGGAUGACUCAGAAGACGAAAUCGUCUUUGUUGGUCGCAAUGGGCAGAUGCAUGAUUCCCCGGAGCGAAAGCAGAAACUGGAGCAGAUGCGUCAAGAAUUAAACUUGCAUCAUGAACGCGAUGGUGAGAAGAUGGUAUUAGAAAGUUUGGUGGAUGACCGUGGAGCGGCAUUUGGGCGCUGGCUUGUGCACUCCAUUGCAUCAUACUACGGGCUGUAUACCUGGUCUGUGACUGUCGGCUCCCCUGCUCGUCGGGAAGCCUAUGUAGGUGUCCGACCACCAGGCCCUAGCAGUCGAGCUGGGCUCAUCACUCAUCCUGCUUGCCAGUCAGAGUUGAUUCAACCGGGCGAGGAGCUCCCCCAGCCCCUCUAUGCGCAGGUCUAG